ACGCUUUUCACAGAGAUGGAUACCCUGCAGCAUGAUGGAGUUGAGUUAGAAUGGAAGGAAUCUGCCAGAUGGGUAAAAUUUGAAGAGAAAGUAGAGGAAGGAGGCGAGAGAUGGAGUAAGCCCCAUGUGUCUACAUUAUCCCUGCACAGUCUGUUUGAGCUGCGAACAUGUCUCCAGACAGAGACUGUACUGUUAGAUUUGGAUGGAUAUUCCUUGCCACAGAUCAUAGAUGACAUCAUUGAGAAGCAAAUUGAAGAUGGACUUAUUAAAGCAGAUGUCCGAGAACAGAUAUCCUACAUCCUCCUGAGAAAACAUCGUCACCAAACCAAGAAACCCAUCCAUCGCUCUCUCGUUGACAUUGGGAAAUCAUCAACAACAUCAUCAGCUCGCAGUCCCAACCGAAUCCCUGGCAUUGGGACAAACUUUUACCGCUCUACUGACGACUUGAGACUGAGGCAGGCUGCCAGUUAUGGAUGGCUACGUCGUGCUCAAAGCAGAAGCAUGAAUGACAUCGCAGAUACGCCCAGCACAGAUCAGCUCAAGAACAAGUUCAAAAAGAAAAUACCUCGUGACUCUGAAGCCUCAAAUAUACUUGUGGGUGAAGUCGACUUUCUGGAUAAGCCAUUUGUAGCCUUUGUCCGUCUCUUGCAAUCAACAAUGUUGGGUGGGCUGACAGAAGUAGCAGUUCCAACAAGGUUUAUUUUUAUUCUUUUGGGUCCUCAAGGGAAAGGUAAAUCUUAUAGCGAGAUAGGAAGAGCCAUGGCAACACUGAUGGUCGAUGAUCUGUUCAGUGAUGUGGCUUAUAAAGCAAGAGACAGAGAUGACUUGAUUGCUGGUAUUGAUGAAUUCCUUGAUGAAGUCAUUGUCCUGCCUCCUGGUGAAUGGGAUCCCAAGAUUAGGAUUGAGCCACCCAAGAAAGUCACACCAGCUGAGAAAAGGAAAUCUGUUUACUCUCUGAAUGAGGCUGGGCAGAUGAAUGGUUCAGCAGGUGGUGGAGGAGGAAGUGAUGAUGAAGAAAUGCCAGCACCACAUGAACUUGGAGAAGAAUUGAUGUGGACAGGAAGGUUUUGUGGAGGGCUGAUACUGGAUAUCAAAAGGAAACUUCCCUGGUUGCCCAGUGAUUACUAUGAAGCAUUCCACAUUCAGUCUAUUUCCACUAUCCUCUUCAUCUACUUGGGCUGCAUUACCAAUGCCAUCACCUUUGGAGGAUUGUUGGGGGAUGCAACAGACAAUUAUCAGGGUGUAAUUGAAAGUUUUCUAGGCACUGCGUUCACAGGUGCUGUAUUCUGCUUAUUCAGUGGACAGCCUCUCACGAUCCUCAGUAGUACAGGUCCAAUCCUCAUCUUUGAAAAGCUUCUGUUUGACUUCAGCAAAAGUAAUGAUUUGGACUACCUUGAAUUCCGGCUCUGGAUUGGUCUCCAUUCUGCCAUUCAAUGCCUUCUUCUAGUUGCCAUGGAUGCCAGUUUCAUCAUUAAGUACAUCACGCGUUUUACAGAGGAAGGCUUCUCCAUGCUUAUCAGCCUCAUCUUUAUCUAUGACGCCAUCAAAAAAAUGAUAGGAGCCUUCAAAUACUACCCCAUCAAUUCUGGCUACAAUCCAGACUAUGUGACCAUGUACAAGUGUGAGUGUGUGGCUCCAGAUUCAGUGAAUUCAACUCUGUUCAAUGCUUCAGAUUCAUUGGCUUUGAAUAACACUAACAUUUCUUUGUAUAAUGUUGUCAAUACAACAGCACUGGACUGGAGUCAACUCAGCAAGAAGGAAUGCCUCACAUAUGGGGGGAGCCUGGUUGGAAAGUCCUGCAAGUAUGUUCCAGAUCUAGCCUUAAUGUCUUUUAUCCUCUUUUUUGGGACAUACUCACUGACAGUGACCCUCAAGAAAUUCAAGUUUAGUCGCUACUUUCCAACCAAGAUCCGAAGCCUGAUCACAGACUUUUCUACAGUAAUCUCCAUUCUUGUUUUCUGUGGAAUCGAUGCUGCUGUCGGACUGGAUACACCCAAGCUGCAUGUCCCCAAUGAAAUCAAGCCAACCCGUUCAGAUCGAGGCUGGUUUGUUCUUCCCUUUGGUAAAAACCCCUGGUGGAUCUACCUUGCCAGUGCUUUACCUGCUCUCCUAGUAACUAUAUUGAUCUUCAUGGACCAACAAAUCACAGGGGUAAUUGUGAACAGGAAGGAGCACAAAUUGAAGAAAGGAGCUGGUUACCAUUUGGAUCUGUUUUGGGUUGGUCUUUUACUGGCGAUUUGUUCUUUUAUGGGUCUUCCAUGGUAUGUGGCAGCAACAGUUAUAUCUAUCGCUCACAUUGAUGGUUUAAAAAUGGAAACGGAAACCAGCGCACCAGGAGAACAACCACAGUUUCUUGGCGUCAGGGAGCAAAGGCUUACUGGUGUUGUUGUGUUCAUCCUAACAGGAAUAUCUGUAUUUUUGGCUCCAGUUCUGAAGUACAUUCCAAUGGCAGUGCUAUAUGGAGUAUUCCUUUAUAUGGGUGUCUCCUCUUUAAAUGGCAUUCAGUUUUGGGAUCGAUGCAAAUUAUUUCUGAUGCCCUCCAAACACCAGCCAGAUUACACCUAUCUUCGCCACGUGCCCCUUCGCCGAGUCCACUUAUUCACAAUGGUGCAAGUUAUCUGUCUGGCUGUUCUCUGGGUCUUGAAGUCCACUGUGGCAGCAAUCAUUUUUCCUGUCAUGAUCCUUGCACUCAUCCUGGUGAGAAAGUUCCUGGACCUGAUUUUUUCUCAACAUGACCUUGCUUGGUUAGAUGAUAUUUUACCUGAAAAAGACAAGAAGGAAGAAGACAAGAAGAAAAAAAAGUUGAAAACCAAAGACCAAGAUAGGGACAGUAUCAAUGAGAAAGGUCCUCUAGCUGGAGUUGUGCAAGCUGAAAUGUCACCCUGUAACUCCGAUUCACUCGACCGCAGUAUAACUUUACACCUCAAGAUUUCCUGUCCAUCUUCCCCUGCUUUCAGCUGCUCCCGGAAUGCCAUAUGUUCCGUCCCACAGGUUAAGAUAGAAAUGGAAUCCGAGUACGAUGAUACAGACACUGAGAAAGCUCGGAGAGACACAAGCGGUGAAACUACUCUGUAA